AAGAUCGCCUAAUCUAAAAUAUGCGAUUGGAUUGAUAGUUACACAUAAUCAUAAAAUGGAAGAUAAUACACGAAAAGAUGUUGCUGGGGUCAUUAUUGGGUGGCACAACAAAUGCCAAAUUGAACGUUUUAGGUAUAAGGAAACAUGUUGUAUUCUGGAAGAUGUUGAAGAGCAAUGUAUACAGAAAAAUAUCAUCGAUAAUUGGACAUUGCUACCGCAUUACGUUUUGUUAAGCGAGAAUGAUCUGUGUUACGUUCCACAAUAUGUUAUAACAUCGGUAUGCAAAGAAUGGAUAAAUAAUCCAGAAGUUGAAAAUAUUUCUGUAAAUUUGAAGAUACUCAUUAUGUGCCAAAUAACAUGCUAGGACAGCAUUAUCCAGACGAUGCCGCAGUCGUUCGCGACAUAUUAUUGAAUAAUCUAAA